ACCGAGUUAGAAAGCUCAAUUUCUUCCUCAUUUGUCUUCUUGCCCGUUUAUAAACGGCGCAGUCUAAUAAAUAAUGUUGUAUCGUUUCGUUAGUCCGACAGGUAGGACAAAGUGGAGAAGAAACACACUUCCUUUAAAACAGAUUACUAUUCAAAGGAGGAUUAUCGCACUUCAAUCUCAUAAAGUGUAUUUCAGCAGUCCUAGAUGGAACGGAAAGCUCCUGUCGACCUGCUGAUCCUGUACUUGAAACAGUAUUGAAUAAUAAUAGUAACAGUAAUCAAUCGGAUAGAAAUGUUUUAUCCCAAAAAUUAGAGCAUGCACCUUCACAUAUAGGCAAUAUAGAUCAGGCACAGACGUCGGUUACGUCUGUGGACAUAGUUAAUGAAAUAAGAAGGACUGCUCCUAUACACUCGUCUAUACAGUUUGUGAAUAACGCCGAGGUACAGACCGAUAUUAGCUUUGAGUGCUCCACUGAAAAAAUCUGGAAUAGUUCAUCAGACGAUGAGAUCGAAGGUUUUCGUACUUUUCGUGAAUGGUGGCUUAUGACAGAUUGUAAAGCUCAAGUACAUAACAUUAAAUUAUGUAAAGCUGAACAAUGUGAAGGUCUACAUGGAGCAACGACUUGUUUGGCGUGUUCUGGACGAGGCCGAUCAAUAAUCACGCAGACUGAACUCACAGCUGUUCAGUCGGAAGAGGAUCUGAUUAGCAAAUAUCGAACAGAAAACAAUCGAUAUUACCGUUUCCGUAAUCAUUUGGCUUUAAAUAGCUACUAUCAGGAAUAUCAUAUAUUCCCGAAAACACUGCAGUUUGAUAGUCCCCAUCAAUCUUUCGGCACUCAAGUUGAUAGAAUUCGGAAUAAAUGGGAGAAUAUCAUUCAUGAGAUGAGGUUAAAGUUAUUACAAUGUGAGGCUGAAGCUAUAUCACAAACGAUUGAGUCGGCAGAAUCAGUAUGCAUGACUAUACGUAGUAAAUUGUCUGCAACAAAGAAGGAGACUGAACUGGUGGAUGUUGAGCGUGAAGAAGGAUUGAAACUGAAACAAACGAUCGAAAAAUCGUGGAAUAAAGUUUUCCGAACGGAGAUUCGGGAGAUUAUCCCCAAAAAAUGGUUGGGAAAUACAAUGUCCAUGUCUUCUACACUCAACUCCAAUAGCUCGGCUACACCUACAUUGGACGAUACGCAGGUUCAUACAUCAAAUCGAUCCAAGCAAAAAGCCUUGCAACAUCAUAAAACUCGAUUAAGUUGUCGAGGAUGUGGCAAACAGGGUCAUAGACAAUUUAGAUGCUUAGUAAAAUGUGCGUUCUGUCGAGGUGGAAGACAUUCAGAGGAAUACUGUAAGAAGAAAAAGAAUAAGAUUCAGUCGCCAUACUCACCUGGACUAAUGAAUACAGAAUUGGUCACGAAAAACGAUGAGAUGGUGACGGAACUUAGAGCAUUAGCUCAAGGACCGGAUUCUAAUGAGACGCCACAGUUGGUUACACUGAAUGAAGGUCGUCUACCACCUCGUACGAAUUCAAGUUACUUAAACAAUGGGUUAACCCGACAUCCAGGACGGCGUAAUACCUGGCGUAGCAAUUCGGGUAGAAAUUUUCAGAAUUAUAGUGGUGAAAGAGUCAAUCGGACAUAUAGACCUGUAACUAGUUCGAGUAGAAUUAAUAAUAAUGUUUUUAAUGAGAAAAAUAAUAACUAUAAUAAUAGUUUUAAUCGUGGAAAUACGGUAAAUAAUACUGAUUUUCCCAACCGCCAUGUAACAUUUGAUACAGGUACCACUCCAAAUAGGAGUGGCAUCGAGAAGCAGUGA